AUGGCUGAUCGAUUAUGGUUUUGUGAUUGGUUAAAAGAUUGGACUGAAGAGGAUUUUCUUCAUCUCGCACCAUCUGAUGAGCUUUUUGUCUGGGCUAUUCCUCGGCCAAAUCAUCAGAACGACCGAAUUUGGGCAAAAAGUGUGGACGACAUCGAAGAAGAUGAACAUUAUCGUGAAAUGGUUAGAAAUCAAGCAUGCAUUGGAAUUUUUGUGAUGUUUACUGCUAAGAAGUCACAUUGGGUGAUCAAAGAUAAAGGUGAAUCGUGGACUGGUCAAUAUUUUCUUGAUAUAAUUUUGACUGAACACGUUUUUUCAUUCUUAAAAAAUGAAGAAAAUGUGAUCGAUCCCGAUGAAGUUAUAUUUGUUCAUGACAAAGCACCACGUAUGCGAGCAUAUCCGAUGCAACAUUUGCUUCAAAAUAAUAAUAUUAAAUUUUGGAGUAAUGAUAUUUGA